GGUGACGUCAAAGUACAUCGUAAAAGUUCGGAGCUGCUUCACUGCACAGGCGUGUGCGUUUGGCGGCCACGCGUUUUUUGGAGACAUAUGGGUGGAUGAUAAACUGAUUGUUGGGGGGUACAUAAAGAAGUGCGAGAAUGCAACUAAAACGUCAUUGGAAGUGUAUAAUUUUGAAUACGCGGAGGGGAUAUUUGGGAAAGAACUUUGCUCUUACAGCUUCCGACGUUACACCCAGCACUGCUUUCCGGAGGCUGGGGACUGGUCAAUGUGUUUUACCGGCUUUUCCAAGCGGAGUUGCCUCAGGACGGGGCCGGGGUCACUCUGAAUGGUGGACGCUGCCUUGUGUUGGAGUGGAUCCCUGGAAAGGCCGCAGUGUGUCCUGUCCCGGGGAAGAGAGUGUGUCUAGAUCUGCAGCCACAAUGUUGCGGCUGACAAGCACAGGGAGAUUGCGCUGCAGCGGUCGCACUGAACGGAGUAACAGACCUUGGCACAAAACGGACAUCUUUGCAAGGGUCGAAACUGCUCUCUCGUUUUUUAAACGCACACGAUUACUAGUUAGAGAAUUGAACACUUCGAUUAAGGUCUUCCAGUAUGACUUGAAAAACGUGGAAGCAGCAAAGUCAGAAAGCAGGAAGUUCUAUUUUGACACCCAUGCAGUGGUUCGUCUUCUGGAAGAAAAAGGGUUCAGCACUGAACAAGCAGAAGUGCUAGUGACUGCUCUAAUAAAAAUUACCAAUUCCAACAUGGACGUCAUUUACAAAGACAUGGUGACAAAGGUUCAACAGGAGAUCAUGCUUCAGAAAGUGAUGUCACACAUUGCUGCCGUGAAGAAGGACAUGAUAAUCCUGGAGAAGAGUGAGUUCUCUGCGCUGCUGGUUGAAAAUGAGAAAUUAAAGCUUGAGCUACAACAACUGAAGAUACAAGCAGCUGAUGAGAUGAACAAAAUACGUUCAGAUGCAAUCCUGGAAUUGAACAUAGAAAAGAGCAGGGUGAAGGAAAUGUACGCCGAUCAUGAGAGGAAACUUCUGGAGUUGAGGACUGAAACGGUUGAAAUGCAUUCAGAGCAGGACCGUGCUGUGACACAGACUAUUAUGAAAAUAGACACUGAAGUUGCAGGCUUGAAAACCAUGCUCGAAUCGCAUAAGCUUGACACCAUCAAAUAUCUUGCGGGUUCAGUCUUCACCUGCUUGACAGUAGCUCUUGGGUUUUACCGAGUCUGGAUGUGAAUCUAUAUCUUUGAAAAACAUUACCCAUGUGUGCAGUUAACUGGAAGCUUCCCACAUCUCUGCUCCACUGCUAUCCUGAAGAGGCAACAAACCUGUGAAUGUGCUUUCUAUUGAAUUAUUUUCACUCUAUGUUACUGCAACAUUACCACUUUUGAGAUGUGCAUUUUAAACAGGUGAUAUGUCUAAGACCGACAGGUUUUUGAGAUGGUAAAACAUUAAAAGUAAUAUUUUUAAAAUGUUUCCAAAGAUCAUGCCCACAAAGCUUUAUGAAUUGAGAAAUUUAGAUUAUUCAAGUCUUGAAUAACACUGGAAGUGAUUGUGGGUCUUCUGCCACGUAGGUGAGUAUGAGACUACUGCAUCACACAACCAUAAAAAAACUCAAAGGCAGCCCUUUGCAUACAAGGCUGAUUGUCAUCUGUUGCACCACUGCUUAUGUCCAGCUGAGGUCACUGUACAACCAUGUCCUGCCUGGAGGUCCAAUUUGUUAAGUUUCAGGAAACAUAAAUAUUUACUGAUAAGAAUCAGAUGUCUUUUAUAUGUUUAAGUGAUGAAUCUAUAGAGAUGUUUUUCAAUAAUGGAGCAAGACCAAGGAGACACCAAUCAACAUGAAAGCAUUAUACCCUAAAGUGUCUCUCCAGUAAACCAAGCAGAUUGAGACACAACAUCAUAUUAAUAUUUUUACUUUCUGAACAAACACCCUGAAAACUUGUAUGGAUUUCUGUAAGUGGGUCCUUUGAAAUGUGGUUCACAUUAUGCAUAGUACAUGUGUAGUAAGCGCAUGGUAUGUGCGUAUACAGACUUAAACAGUAUAUGAAUAUAAAUAUGUAUUCAUAUACCUAUGAACAGGUAAAUGUUCAGGCUGAGAGGUAAAGAAAAGAAACACAUUGCCUGUGGAGAAUGUCUCUGGUUAAGCCAUUUGAAUAACCCAAUGAUCAGUUCAGAUGGCAUUAAUUGUAUAUAAAGGCAAAGCUUUGAGUAUAGCCUUUCUAUAGCUUUAAUAUUUUAAUCGGGUGCCUGUGUACUGUAUGCUUAUGUGGUAUAAAGAGGUUUGACUUGUUUAGAAUUUUUAAGGAUAUUUGCUUUUAUCCUUGCAGAUAAGUCAUUGUCACAGCUGCAAGGAUAAAUCAUGCAUCUCUGAAAGGUUAUCAUCUCUCAUGCAGAGAAUGUACGCUCGUACAUCAUUCCUGGACAGUUUGUUUCUGUUAUCAGAAACACUUCUGUUAUCAGCAAUACCAUUUUUGUGAGUACCACCAGCUGAAAUAUAGAAUUUGGCUGCAGUCUGUCACAUGGAGUGACCUUCAAUAGCUAAGCCUUUGAUUUCUUCAUGCUCCUUGUAUGAUAUUUCCUCCCAGAACCCGUAGUUUAAAUCAUGCAUUCACCACAAUCCAUUUGUAUCACGGCCUAUUUUAAAUUUUCAUGGUAAUUUUUCUUCUUCCUGUAUGGGUGUGGAACUUCUGAUUGCUUACAUGACUGCCAGUCACAGUACACUGUCAAUAUAUCACUGUACAAUAGUACAUUGUGCUUUUACACAAGAUGGUAUUCUGCUGUGUUAUUUGUGUAUUACACCCAGUUUCUUCAGUGUUUCUUUAAUUAGUAGUAGUUUUUAUGUGUAAAUAUAUACAUAUACAUGUGUAUAAUAAUUUCUACAGGUCUCUUCCUGAAAAAGGACCUAUUGUCAACAGGCAGUGCUUCUGCUGUAGCCUGUAUUUUUAAUUACUUUGACAUUUCUUAAUUUGACAAAAUAACCUAUUGAUGGUGAUAUUGUGAUUAAGUGCAUAUUUAAAUCAUAGAUGCCUUGAUUUUUCAGUAAGAUAUUGUAUAUAACCUAAUAUUACUGAGAUGUACAGAAAAAAGUUGUAACUAUUAUUGCAUUAUUAAAAUAUCAGCACAAUAUUUAUAUUUAUACUGUUACUUUUCUAUAAUUAUAUUACUUAAUAUACUGACGGUAUGAUUAAUAAAACAUAAAGGAAAAUACAGAUGGCUUGUGAUGAAUUUUGCCAUGACUUUAAAAAAUAGGUAGUUGUAGAUUUCUUUGAAUGUAUUUGUCAAAUCAAAUAAAUUGAUAAUCGUGAGGAAAGUAACAUCUCAAAACUUGAGAGUCCUGAAGUAAUGAAACCAUUUCAUGAGGUUUAUCACCAACUCUUUUCUUAUGCUUCAAAGUGCAAGUGUCUUAAUUCUCUUAGUAAAGAGUUUUGUAUUUGUAAAUUGAUUUACAUGAUUUAAAUGUCAUUAAUUCCCUCUCUUCCACAACAGUGCAUUAUUAAACAGAAUAAUUUGGAGAAGAUCACUUAUAGUGGAUAGCAUAGCACUGUCAUCAGGUGGGGAAGAUGUCUACCAUUCAGGGUUUUUUUAAGUCACCAAAAUGUCUCUAAGGAGAUUUGAACCAAGAGAGUUGCAACUUGUUAUAUGCUUUUCACUAGCAGGAAUGACCACAGAGGACACUAGGAGCUUUGGAGUAUGGUGGCCCUAUGUCCCAUGGCAGGUUUCAAAAGGCAUACAUGACUGACAUGUACAGUAAUUGCUGGUGCAUUGUGUUGCUACCAGUGCUUUGAGAAAUAUUUAAAAUGGAAUAUUGCAUUAGACUGUAUACUGUAUGUUUGUUGAUCAAAGUAUCUUUAAAUAUUUAGGAAUGCCAUUUAAAGGUCUAAACAUUCAAAAGAAGAAAUAGCAUUCACAUAGCAACAGCAGAAUCUGGAAUAAGCAGUUUUUUAAACUGUCGUGCUUCUAAAGGAGAAACCCUGGCAUCUCUCGUUGUCUGCAAAUUCCUGUCCUAUGAAUCACAACAUAUGUGGAAUCCCAUGGGGCAGUGGUGCAGAAUGGCCUAUCCAGUUCUUUGUCAUCAGCCACAAUAUCUGUAUUCUUGCUCUGAAAUGGAGGGGACAUGUUAAAUGUCUUUUUUAAUAAAGCUAUUUUUGUAGAUGGGCACACAGAGCUCUGAAGGUUUUUUAUGACUAUUAGAAAUAGUUUAAUAGUUUUGUAUUUAUCGUGCGGUUUUGAUGGAGCUGACAUAUGCAAUCAAUAUUUAAUCACAGCCCCACCUAAAU